CUUCGUAAUAAAUGUGAUUAUAAUAAUUAUUUGUGAAAAUACACAAUGAAGAUACAAAUAUCAGCAGCGUUAUUACGGCAAUAUGCAAUCGUUUUAUCUGUUAAUCUCAAUGUUUUGGCAACCGGCGUCAGUCUGGGAUGGCCAUCACCCAUGCUGGUCAAACUACAAGAUCCAGAGAAAACGCCACUCUCACGACCUUUGACGGAUGCUGAGGGUUCAUGGGUCGUGUCUUUGGGAUUCCUUCUAGCAGCCGGGUCAAAUUUUGCGUCAGGAUACAUUAUAGACAUAAUAGGAAGAAAAUUUUGCAUUGUAGCAGUGUCAAUACCAAAAUUGUUAUCAGCAAUACUUCUAAUAUUCGCUACAGAACUAUGGAUGGUCCUUCUCGGAAGAAGUGUUAUGUUGAUGUCGGACAUGUUGGUUUUUCUCAUCGUGCCAAUUUAUGCAGCGGAAAUAGCGAGUAAAAACCAAAGAGGUGCUCUCGGUACUCUGCUCCAACUAUUUUCAUCUAUAGGAAUAUUAAUAUCUUUAGCAAUUGGUCCAAUUGUAUCAUAUCACGAAUUAAGUUACAUUUUACUUGGACUAAUUAUAUUAGCGAUGUUACCAGGCAUUUUUAUACCAGAAAGCCCAUAUUAUCUUCAUUUUGAUGGAAAAACCGAUGAUUCUUUAAAAAUUCUGUCUCUACUCCGCGGAUCCGAGACACAAGCAAAACAAGAAGUGGCAGACUAUGACCUAACAAUCGAUAAAAACUUUGACAAAAUUGCUUGUCUUAAAGACAAAAUAUUCGUGAAAGCUUUACUAAUUGCACUAGUUUUGUAUGGAGGCACACAAUUAGUAGGCUAUAAUGCUGUAUCGUUUUACUUACAAACUAUAUUAAUUUCAACAAACACUAAUGUUGUGCCGGGAGUGGCUUCAGCUAUCAUAGGUGCUAUACAAGUAGUGUCAAGCCUAUUUGUAACCUUGAUUAUUUCUUCGUUCGGGAGAAAGACGAUUUUGUUGGUGUCGUUAGCUGGAAUGUGUGUAGGAAUGUUUGGCUUGGGCGGUUUCUUUCAAACAAGUUCCCUAGAUGGCCAAAUCACUGGUUUUAUGAAUUAUUUGCCAAUUGUGUCUUUAUUGUUGGUUGUCAUCUGUUAUUGUGCUGGCAUUGGAUCAGUAGUAUGGCCGGCUACGACAGAAUUAUUUGAAGGCCAAGCAAGAGCUUUUGGCGUUUCAAUUGGCCUCACUUUCACCCAGUUAAUCAUGUUUCUGACAACGAAAUAUUUCUCCACAAUGACAAACGCUUUCGGUCCCGCGUCUACUUAUUGGUUUUUCGGAACCAAUUGCGUCAUCAUUGCGGUGGUGAUUGCAAUAUUUCUUCCUGAAACCAAGGGGAAGACUUUUGCAGAAAUUCAAAAAGCUUUGGGUAAAAAAGACACAAAACAGAACAUUACGGCUUAAGAGUUUGUAUAAAAUCAUGACAUUCAAAUAAAAUAGUGUUUUUGGCAGUACAUUGAAUCCUAUACGUUUUAUAUUAGUUAUAUAAUUUGUGCUGAGAGCUUUAUUAUAAUAAUAAUAAUCUUUAUUUCAAGUAUCAUGACUCAUAUUUGCUUGUAAUACAGCUUGUUUUCUUUGUAAAUACUUAUUAUAAAUCUAUAAUUAAUUAUGAUACAUUGCUGCACGAUUCCGUUAGAAAUAUUGCAGCAAUAACCUACGUAAACGCUGUCAAACUUUCUCGGAAUCUUCUUCAAGAUGCUGUUGGUACUGCCCAUCCACAUCUUUUGCGCAUAUGCGCAGAAAAACAAUCGACCCUUCUUUAUUUAUUUGUUGAAGUGUCAAAACUACUUUGCAAAUAUUAUUUUGUGAAUAAGUCCUACCAUAGCAUUUAAGUUCUCGAGCGUAAACCAAAUAAAAUAACUGUAUGACUGAAUGACAGAUUUGUCUUAAUGACUGCUAUUUAUACAGAAAAUUUGACAAUCAGGUUCGAUAUUUAUUUCGUUAGUUUUACUAAAACAUUUUGAACUAAGAUAAUUUAUGCGUCUAGAUAGAGGUCUCUUCCUGUUACACAACCGAUAAAAACAGGCCAGGUUUAAACUUUAGUGUGCGUGACAAGCUACGUGUUACACUCGCGAAUUGUAUGACACUUUGUGUUAGUGUGCGUGCAUUUCUCAAAACAGAUGUCAACUAUAAUGUCCAUUUUAUUCGACGUUUCCACAGCAGUCAUAGUCUAUCUAGACGUAUAAAUGAUCUAAUAUUUAAAAAAAAAUUGCAUGAAAUAAUGUAAAAGUUGGAGCGACUAGUAAUGUACCUGCACGAUAAGUUAAAAUAAACACUGAAUAAUAACACAAUAAAAACUACAAAAUAGUUUAAUUUUAUAGAAAUUUUAGCAAAUAAAAUCUCUUCACUACUGUGUUGCAUUUGCCGAAAUUUGUCGACUUACGUCUUUGGCAUUCUGUGAUAUCCUUGGACAUUCAUUGGAGAACAGUAAAAUGUUAAUCACAUCAGAGUUCUUGAGUCCAUGACACCUUAUUUCGAGAGUAGUUACGCCUGACAACUCGAUGAUGAUCAAAUAUCUAUUGGCCAUAAUAGACCAGUGUUGAUAAUUUUUUAAACCAAAAAAAAAUAAUAGUUGGAUGAAACCCAUUGGAAUUGGAAGGGAAUAUAACAAAUAUAAAAGGAAAAAUAAAUUAUGGGCGAUCUGAGGUCGGGAAGUGGCACAGCGGGGGGUGAAAAAAGUCAAAUGGCAAAGUUGUAGGUUAUAAAAAGAUUUGUGUUUACAAUUUUCUGACAUAACCUCAAAAUUUUUAUGUGAAAAAUUCAAUAAACCGAGUUCUUGGUUUGUUAUUUUUAUCCACUUUCCGACCUCUGAUCGCCCGUUAUUUUAUUUUUCCUUACAUUUUUGUUAUAUUCUAUUCCGUAUCCAAUGGGUUUCAUCCUACUUUUUUUUCACAUUUUAUUAUUUUCAAAGGCUUCAGCACUGGUCUAUAAGCCGACUGCGUGAUGUUCGCAAUGAUAAAUUUCCUCGUGACCGUCCAUCACUUAGUUUUCACAUUUCUAACUGCUUUGAGCUUGUUCAUGAAGAUUUAGUUUUAGUUAUAAUUGUUCUGUUUAAUUAUAAUAAUAUGUUUGUUCCUAUGCAAUGUUAAAUGUUUUAUGUGUGUGUCAAAAUAAAUUAAUAUUAUUAUUACUA